AAGUGUAUGCCUAAAUGCGAUAGUAUUGUAGUGGAAUAUAAAUGUCCAUGGACCCACAAAUAUUGUGAUCCCAAAGAGGCAUUCCUGCAGCCUGAGAUUGGUGGUAGAUGGGAAAAUGGAAAAUAUUUUCUUCAAGAAAAGUCCAGUUACUUUUACCAAAUUCAAGUGUUCGUGCAUGUUGCUGGACGGAAAAAGUGUGAUUUGGUAGUCUGGACAACGAGAGGAAUUUUCUGCCACCAAGUGACAUAUGCUCCAGUGCUCUUUCAAAAGAUUUCUUUGAAGCUUAAACAAUUUUGGCUUACCAAGGUUGUGCCACACAUGUUCAAAAAAUUCUGCAUUUUGAACAAGGUAUCUUCCGAAUGUACACAUGGUAAGCAUUUAAUUUGAGUGUUACCUUAGCAAAUUUACUUGAAGCUAAUUUGCAGUAAUGUUGCUUAUGAUAGGCUCCACAAAAAUAAAGUAUGGUCAUAAACAAAAUCCGGUGAACAAAGAUGAAAAAGAGGCUGCUUUUUUAUGCAAAACAGAUGAUACGGUAAGCAUCUUAGAGACAGAAAACAGUGAUCCGCCGAUGAAGUCUGUUGUCUUAUUUGGCUUUGAUGUGCAACAAGAAGACAUAGACAGUCUACAACCAAAGGGACUUAUUACAGACAAAAUCUUGUCUAUAUUAAUGAGAAAGAAUCCAAGCUGCAGAACAAUUUUCAGUGCAAAGUUAUUUGAAAAAGAUUAUGUGUUUGUGCCAAUCAACAGAAGCCUACACUGGUUUUUGGCCAUCAUUUCACCAUGGCAUAUCCUUGUUCCGGACUCUUUAACUUGGGAUAAAAAGACAAAAAUCUACAUUUGAAUAUAUUUCACAGCAAUUGUUUUUCCAUUGCAUUAUGCCUACUCUCAUUGCUAUGUUACUGUU